AUGGCACAGGACCCACUCGUGCUUACAAUCCCAUUUUCGUAUGACGGACAUGGCCAGCAAGCACCAUACCAGCCAGAGACACAUGAAUUGGGUCUCUACAAUCCUAAAUUUGAUAUCACCCAGGACUUCUCAAGCCUUGCAGAUAUACAAGACACAUCAGACAGUUCACUUCCAUCCACAUUAAAUUGGGAUCCCUCGUGUCAACCAGUCGCCCCCUUGAACUCGAAUCUUCCACGGGAAACUGGGUCCUCGCAAUUAUGGAGUAACCUUGACCCUUUCAACACAAAUGGGUUACCAGCGCGCAACCAAUAUACUCACGACAUGAUUGAUUACCCAACGCAAAACGCUUGUGGAUAUUCACAGAAAGGUCCGGGUAAUGAAUCCCCAGGGCCAGGUGAAGAGCUAGGAUUACCGAGUCACUUGGUUCCAAAUCCAAACGGCACAGAUUAUUCCGAAGAAACGUACGUCUCAGUACAUCUCGCUAAUUUUUCUAAAAAAGAUUUUUUGGCUCUAACAAUUGGGUUUAGAUUCCGCUAUCGAACGUCUCUCAAAGCCACAACGGCAAUGAGAUCCAAUGCCACUGAAAUACCGGUGUCGUAUCUCAACAAGGGCCAGACAUACCAUCUCACAGUGGAAGACUCAUCAGCUUCCACGGCGACCAAUGGGGCUGUCCAAUACCGAACCUUCGUUCACGUGUCUUUCGAGCAAGAACACCAGCGCGAUGAUCCAGCUGCCUGCUGGCGAUUGUGGCAAGAAGGUCGACAGCAUGCUGAACGUAAGAAACGGGAUUUACCACCCACGGCGGUCCAAUACACAGGCCAAAACAAUCCCCAGAUGCUUGUGAAGCAGGUACAUCUAGAUGGGUUUGCGGUGAUUUGGACCCCCUUGGCUAAUAAUGCCCACCGUUGUAGUAUCCCGAUUCGCCUCAAUUUUCUGUCUACCGACUUUACAAGAUUGAAGGGAGUCAGGGGUGAUUCAGUGCGGCUCUGUGUCAAAACAGAACAGCUGGGUAAUGCUAAUGGUUUCCAAGAGCCUGAGAUCUCCUACUGUAACGUGAAACUGUUCCGCGAUCAUGGAGCCGAGAGAAAGAUGUCAAAUGACAUUACGAUCAUUCACAGACGAAUGGAUAGAUUGAAGCUGCAGGCUGCGGAUGCAGAUUCUUAUAACUCGUCGAACAAACGCAAGAGAAACAGUGAUCCCGGCACAGGAAUCGCACAUGUUGCUGGCAUGAAAAGGGAAUUCAAUCCAAGCUACAUAUCACCAAGCAACUCCGACGGUUCGUCACGUUCCCAGCAACAAAUUCAGUUGUGGAAGAAGGUGGACGCACUCCGGUGCAGUCUCCAAUCUUCUCAGCCUGAAAAUAGAUUUUUCCUUCGUGCGGAUCCUCAGGAUGAUCCCGAUCUAUUCUCCUUCCCUAUCCCGGAUGAGAAAUCUUCACGGCAUAAUGAGCAACCACCUCGGAUGCCCCAUCGGAGUGAUAGCGGUAUUUCAAUGGGCUCAGAUACUUCCAUUUCUCAGCCCCAAAUGCCCACUCUGAAAAGCGAUCAGUCAUCGACAAAAUCACAUGAAUCUAACCUUAUCGUGCCUCCAGUUGCAUGCUUUUAUGUCAAAGUAAUGAGUGAUGAUCCGUCUUCCAAUUUGGUUUACCGUGCUAUCUACCCAAGAGAGCGAACGGUCUACGAGCUCAAGAAGAAGAUAUUUGAGAACGAUCCCGCUCUUGUAGUGACCUGUUUGCGUGUUUUCUACAUCAACAGAGCUGGUCUCAAAGUUGAAGUGGAUAACAAGUUUGUUGAGCACAUUCCAGAAGGCCAGGACAUGAUUGUCGAGUGCCAAGAUGAACCAACCCUUCUCGGGAGCACAUCUUGUUCAAGUCCUGGAACUAAA